GGAUCUGACAAGUAUGCUUUUUCUUUGGGGAAAAAUGUUGGAAAAAGGUCUAUCCCAACAAAUGCACAUCAUUCAGAGCUGUUCCCCCCUGAACAACAACCACAUGUAGACAGAGUUCAGGGAAUAAGACAAUAUACAUGGAACCAUUUUUAAAAAAGAUGAAUAGCAGUCUAUGAUUUAAUUCUGGGAAAAGGAAAAAGCAAAAAAUGUUGCUCUCUGCAUGUGCGUUAAGCCUGUAGUUGUACAGACAGGGCACAGCUCCUGACCUCCCCUUCCAGUUACCUCCCACCAUUAUGCUUGCUCACUGCUGGCUGCCAAUAAAAGCCUUCCAAGAGUGAGAAAGUUUAGUUUCAUCUUCCCCAGAGCCUCUCUGUGCAGGACCCUGGGCAGCAAGGAAGACUGCACUGACACAGGCUGCUCGCCAGAAGAAGAGCAACUAGGAAUGGCCACCCCAUCUGUUGUGACGAUCCAGCCGCAGUACGGCAUGGCUGUGCCCGUUGUCUCUAGCAGCAUGUGGCAGACAGGGCUGAUGGACUGCUGCACCGACUGCAGCGUCUGCUGCUGCGGGGCGUUCUGCUUCCCCUGCCUCGCCUGCCAAGUGGCUGGGGACAUGAACGAGUGCUGCCUGUGCGGGACCAGUGUGGCCAUGAGGACCCUCUACCGCACCAGAUACAACAUCCCGGGGUCCAUUUGCUCUGACUUCUGUGUCACUCUGUGGUGCCCCAUGUGCUCUGUUUGCCAAAUUAAGAGAGACAUCAACCGGAGGAGGGAGCUACGCAUAUUCUGACCACAAACCACCCAGAGGGACCCGACUGUGCUGGCAAUGGCCUCCCACCACGUGAUUACUGUCCAGCCUCAGUUUUUGGCUGCCCUACGGGCAGGCGAGUGGCAGUCAGGGCUGCUGGACUGCUGCUCUGACUUUGGCGUGUGUAAGUACAUAUGUACCCCUCGUUCUUGGUGUUGGCUUACGACAUGUUUCUGGUGUUUUCCCCCUCUUUCUGCAGCAUCACCCCUGCUGCAAACCCCACUUUUGUGGGUAGCAGUGGUGGAGCAGCUCUUGUCUGAUGUCAAGAGCCACAGCUCCCACGGCCGCACUUCUGGCUGACUUACCCCACUUUCCGCUUUCUUUGCACCCAAGCCCAUGUCUCACUGUCCUGCAGGUAUUUGCAGAGCCUUCUCCUUCAGCUGCCUGGGGUGCCAAGUGGCCAGGGACAUGGACAAGUGCUGCCUGUGUGGGCCCAGUGUGGCCAUGAGGACGCUCUACUGCACCAGAUACAACAUCCUGGUCAGUGACCAACUGCUGGGCCUGCCACGCUGGCAGCGACAGCCAUGAGCUGGGUGCUGGGCUGUGGGCUCAAGGAAGGAGAAAGCAUUGCCUGAGAGGAAGAGCAGUGGUGGGGAGACACACACCCCACACCACACCCCCACACAGUGUGGCAAGGUAUGGCCCUGCUAACUGACCCUCCUCUCCUGUCCCACUGCAGAUGUCACCGUCCUUGCUGCGACCUGUGGAGCUGCUGCAGGCAGGAGUCACCGCUGCCCUGGCCCUUGGGAAAUGCACCAUGGGGGGGGGGGUUGCCUUGAUUGUGGUUGAUCCCCCCUUCCCUGGUUAACACCAGCAGUAAACAGCAGAGUUUGUUUU